CUUUGCUUAUUUUGGUCUGAAAAGGCUUUUUGCAUAUUUCCCACAUGCUUUUCUCAGGUUAUGCUUAAAUGCAUAAAGGCAAAAUAAACAAGAAAUAAAUAAGUAAUAAGUACCCUCAAUAUAUUCAUGUAUAAAAAAAAAAAAAAUUAAUCAUUUUUUGAGCAUUCACUUGUAAACUUGAUGUUCCUGUUUCGUAAAAAACAAAGAAACAAACAAAAAAACAGGAAUGCAGUCAGUCAGAAACUGAAUCACUUGUUUGUUUUCUGUUUUAUUUUUUCUCAUCUUACAUUUACAUUACAGAAGACUGUCUGGAGAUUUAAGCUCACUUAAUUCACUAAGCUCAUUUAAACCCAUCUAACUCACUCUAACUUAAGCUAGUCUUUUUUAUCACGAUGAGUUUUGAAAAGAUGCGCUCGUCACUGAGAAAUGCAUGGAAACUAUUGGAUAAAAACUAAGGAGGAAUGUUCUGUAGGUGGGUCAUUUCACAAAGGAAACAAAAAUGCAGAUCUUCAGACAGAUACUUGAGUUCAGGGCAUCAUAUCAGCGUUGUUAUUUUUCAGAAGCAAGAAAAAUACAGGAUGUCUGGAUGAAUAAAAGAAAAUCCGCAUUUUGAAGAAAUACGCUGAAGCGAUUACCUUGAGUGUGAAAUAUGGAAAGUGAAGGUAAAAUAUUAAAAUACCUACUAGGAGUCAUCAUGGCUAUCCUGCUGAACCAUUUGUGUGUUGUGGAAACUCUCAAUUUUUCUGAAAUAAAUAUGGAUUUACAGUUUAGCUACACAGAUGAGCCAGUGCAUCAUAUAAGACGAAGAAGUGCAGAUCCAGUUGAAUACAUUAUUUUUGUGGAAAUGAAUGUAUCUGAAACUGUUGCGAUCAACAAAAUCAGAUCUUCUGUGACUGCUGUUACACUUCCAGUUCAAGUGGACAACAGUACUGAAAUUACAUCUUUGAACAUUUCAACAGUGUGUUCUCUGAAUGAAACGCAGUAUCAGUGUAAAUGUGAGGGCCAGUUUGUUUGGCCAAAUGACACGUGUCACUCAUACGAGGUCUGUCAUGACGUCACUGAUGGGUCAUGUACAUGUAUCAAUGCCCUUCCAACUGAUGGACAGUUCUGCCAAGUACUACCUUUACCACUUUCCAAGUAUGAGUAUGAGACUGAAAUUGAUGUAAGUGUCUUUGAUUUGUUGCUGGUGAACUACUUACGGAAUCUCGUCAGAAAUGUCAGCCUGUCUUUCACCCUGAGCAACAACAUAAAUAUCACAGAUAUCGACUUGACUACUGUGUGUGGGUUAAAUGAAACGGUAUAUGAGUGCAAGUGUGAAGAGCAUCAUGUUUGGCCAAAUGACACUUGCAGGGCCUAUCAGGUGUGUGAUGGCAGUGUGGGAGGCACUUGUGGAUGUAUUCAAGCUCUCCCUUCACAGGGUUCGCUUUGCCAGAGAGAUAUAGAUGAAUGUCUGUUCAGUCCAUCUGUAUGUGGUCCAAAUUCCACCUGCACAAAUGAAAUGGGAAGCUAUAAUUGCUUGUGUUCGGAUGGAUUCACUGCAACAAACUCAAAUCUUCCCAUCAGCAUCAACAACACAUGUAGAGCAUCAACACCAUCAACAACAACACCGCAAACACCAUCAACACCACAAACACCAUCAACACCACAAACACCAUCAACAACGAAAGCAACAGCACCACUUUCUGAGUUUGAGUUUGAGACUGAAAUUGAUCUGAGUUUCUUGGACUUGUUUCUGGUGAAAAACUUACGGAAUCUCAUCGGAAAUACCAGACUGCCUUUGACUCUGAGCAACAGCAUAAAUAUCAAAGAUAUCGACAUGACUACUGUGUGUGGGUUAAAUGAAACGGUAUAUGAGUGCAAAUGUGAGGAGCAUCAUUCCUGGCCCAAUGACACCUGCAGGACCUAUCACGUGUGUGAUGGCAGUGUGGGAGGCACUUGUGGAUGUAUUCAAGCUCUCCCUUCAGAGGGUCCGCUUUGCCAGAGAGAUAUAAAUGAAUGUCUGUUCAGUCCAUCUGUAUGUGGUCCAAAUUCCACCUGCACAAAUGAAAUGGGAAGCUACAAUUGCUCGUGUUCGGGUGGAUUCACUGCAACAAACUCAAAUCUUCCCAUUAGCAUCAACAACACAUGUACAGCAUCAACACCAUCAGCAUCAACACCAUCAACACCACAAACACCAUCAACAAGAACAACGACAACGACAACAACAGCACCACUUUCUGAGUUUGAGUUUGAGACUGAAAUCGAUCUGAGUUUCUUGGACUUGUUUCUGGUGGACUACUUACGGAAUCUCAUCAGAAAUCUCAUCCUGCCUUUUACUCCGAUCAACAGCAUAAAUAUCAAAGAUAUCGACAUGACUACUGUGUGUGGGUUAAAUGAAACGGUAUAUGAGUGCAAGUGUGAGGAGCAUCAUUCCUGGCCCAAUGACACUUGCAGGGCCUAUCAGGUGUGUGAUGGCAGUGUGGGAGACACUUGUGGAUGUAUUCAAGCUCUCCCUUCAGAGGGUUCGCUUUGCCAGAGAGAUGAAUGUGUGUUCACUGCAACAAACUCAGAUCUCACCAUCAGCAUCAAUAACGCAUGUACAGUUACAACAGUAACCCCAUCAACAGCUCCACCACCAAUAUCAUCACGUCCAACACCAACAACAACACCAUCAUCAACAACACCAACAACACCAUCACAACCACCAUCAUCAACAACACCAUUAACACCAACAACACCAUCAUCAUCAACACCAAUAACACCAUCACAACCACCAUCAUCAACAACACCAUUAACACCAUCAACACCAACACCAUCAUCAACAACAAGAAAAACAACGAUAACUGCAGCAUCGUCAGCACCGACAGCAUCGUCAGCACCGACAGUUGUUAGCAUGUCAUUGACAAUAAAUCAGCCUUUUGACACCAGUCUUACUGACAGUAAUAGUGCGAAUUACAAAGAUUUAUCUGGAAAAAUCAUUAAAGCACUUGACGCAAGUUAUUCUAAGCAGCUAAUUGGCUACACUCCUGGUUCUACAGAAGUCCGUGACUUCAGGCCUGGUAGUGUUAUAGCAGACUAUACAAUAAGAGCAACAUCCAGCAACCUUGAUUUUACAGCAGCAAACACAGCAGUCUCCGACUCCCUAAAAGCACAAGGAAUAAUUUUAGCUGAAGAUGCUUUUGCUCGAAGUGAACAAAAGGACUUCACAACAGGUAAUUUUUAUCCUCUGCAAAAGCUGGAUCUGAACUGCAUACAGCCAGACUUUGCAACGGGACCAAUAAAAUGGACGGUGAAUAACAAAGAUCCUGCACUAGACAACACAAGAUACACCAUUUCAAACAACAGCAGCACUCUCACUGUGAAAAACACUAGUGAAAGUGACAGUGGUCGAUACUCAUGCAUCAUACAAACGAAUACAAUACCGUACAUUCAGUGGCAAAGCAUUAUUAUUAAACAACGCCCCACUAUCAUUGUGGGUGAUAAAUACCGUGUUUUUCCAUGUGAUGGCAGCACUGUCCAACUGAGAUGUUCUGUUGAUGCUGGCUACAAUGUUGAGUGGGUCCUGAAUGAUGCAGUACAAACUUCAGUACCUGCCUCAGGAUCUGACAUCAUGUUAAACUAUACUACUAAAAGUUGUAAGGAGGAAACCUUUACAUGCCGUCUCAAGGGUCUGCCAACACUACUUGAGUACAGUUACAGCUGGAGCAGAGUCACAGUAAAUACAAGCACAGAAAAUUAUGACUGUGCAAAUGCAGAACUUGGAAUUGGAAAAACAGAUCAAGAAAAGACAGGAAUCUGUGGAAGUGGCUUUAAAGGCACUAUAACUUACAGUUGUAAAUCACAUGUUUGGACACCAAUACAGGACAACUGUAUACUGGAUGUUAUCUUUGAGCUUAAAAACAUAGUUGAGACCUUGCUUGUGGUGGAGAUUCCAGAGUUUAUGGCUAACCUCAGUAGUGCCACAGCACAGAAUAAUGUUAAUAUAACACAGUCUCCUGCUACUGUCCAAGCUAUUGUGGAUAUACUCUUUAAAAUUGCUAAUUUGUCACAAGAUACCGUCAUCAAUAAGCCAGUGAUGGAGAAUUUCCUAAUAACAGUGAACAUCAUUGUAUCAGUUAAUGUCAGUGAUACAUGGAAACAACUGAACAAAGGAAACACCACAGAAAACACCAGCAUUCGACUUCUGGACGCUAUUGAGAAGAUCAGUGACCGUCUCAAAGAUGAGUUUGCGAUUAAUGAAACAUCCAUUCAGCUGAAUAGAAUUGCAAUUGAAAACUCAUUCAGUAUAACAUCAACACUGCCAAACUCAACUACGGAGAUUGUAAUACCACAGGUUCCUAAUGUGACUAUUGUAACCAUCAUAAUCUUCACAACUCUUGACAAUGUCCUACCUACUCGUGAUACUAAUAAUGACAGUAGGAAAUCAGAUGUGCUUAUCAAUGGAGAUGUGGUUGUUGUUAAGGUGAACCAAACAAUUAACAACAUUUCUUUUGCGUUUGACAUUACUAAUCAGUCUUUGAGAAAUCCUCAGUGUGUUUUUUGGAACUUCAAUCUUGACGGAUGGGAUUCCACUGGAUGUGAAGUAAAGCCCUUAGCGAACCAAACAAGCAAGAUUACAUGUGAAUGCAACCACACAACCUCUUUUUCAAUCCUAAUGUCUCCGUUUUCCAUUGAUAACAUAGCCUUAGCCUAUAUAACUUACAUUGGUGUAGCUAUUUCAAUGGCUAGCUUGGUUAUAUGCCUCAUUAUUGAGGCUAUUGUAUGGAAGUCGGUAAGAAGAAAUGACACAUCCUAUAUGCGACAUGUGACCAUAGUCAACAUUGCUGUGUCCCUGCUGAUCGCAAACAUCUGUUUCAUCAUUGGAGCCGCAAUCACAGAUCAAGAGCAGCCAACCUCAGUGGGUCGCUGCAGUCCAGCUGUUUUCUUCAUGCACUUUUUUUACCUGGCUCUUUUCUUCUGGAUGCUAAUUUCAGCGCUGUUUCUCUUUUACCGUACAGUCAUGGUCUUGUCCCAAAUGUCAAGGGCCAAAAUGAUGGCCAUUGCCUUCAUAGUCAGUUAUGGUGCACCUUUGCUCAUAGCGGUCAUUACUGUCGCGUCAACAGCUGGACCUCAAAAUUAUGUUUCCAAACAAGCUUGCUGGCUGAACUGGGAUGAAUCUAAGGCCCUGCUGGCAUUUGUGAUUCCAGCUCUCACUAUUGUAGCCAUAAACCUUGUGGUUUUGAUUGUGGUUCUGUAUAAGAUGUUGAGGAGAGGAGUUGGUGCCACAACUCAACCAGAUGAGAAACAUGCCCUUGUGGUCAUUUUCCGAUGUGUGGCCAUUUUGACUCCUAUCUUUGGUCUAACAUGGGGAUUUGGAAUUGGAACCAUGGUGUCACGUAACUUGGGUGUUCAUGUGGUGUUUACAAUCAUCAAUUCACUGCAGGGAUUCUUUAUUUUGGUGUUUGGAACUCUUUUAGACAACAAGGUUCGUGAGUCACUUCCAGGAAAGCUGUCACUACAGAAACUCAGUUCCAACCAUACCAAGAGCACCAGUGCAGGAUCAUCAUCCACUUCUGGACUCGGGACUUUCUUUCAAAGGAUGCGACAGAGGAAUGUGUACAACGUGUCUGCAGCCAACCUUUCCUCACCAGUUACAUCUUCAAACAGCUCCAAUGACUCAUAUGCCAUUAUGAACACUUAAAAGACACUCCAAAAGUGUUUCCUCCACUGCAAUGUCUGUUAAAUGUAGAAUGUCUGUGAAAGAAAUAUUUCCAUGUUCUGAGAUCAUUAGUUUAAUGAUAAGGUUACGAUGACUUUUUUUAUGACUUUUUGCUUCUUUGGGUAAUGUACUGUAAAUGCAGUGUUUAGGGGUAUGGAUUUGGAAAAUUGAGUUAUUUUUUUUUUUUUUUUUUUUUUAUAUAUAUAUUAGACAUUUUAUAUGUGUGAGGAGUUGUCCAAUUGGUUUAAUUACAUCCUGGUUUUCUGCUUUGUUAUGAUAAAUUCCAAAUGUUUCCAAAAUUUCCAAAUGUUACUUUGGACCAAUAAUAACCGAUAAUUAUACGCCUCUGCAUAUUGUAUUUACUUGAGUAGCUUUCUUAAGCAACUCAUUUUAUACUUCUAAAUUGUUGGGUCAAAAUCAAAACUAAUAAAAAUGUUCCUUGUCUUAA